CCUACCAACACAUGGGUGUCCAGAUACGCUGCAGUUUUACUUAGAUUACGGUCUUUAUUGUUUUUGUUCCGACGUUAGUAUUUACAUUUGGUCUGCAAAUGAAGGUUAAAGUGCUCUCGAGGAACCCGGACGACUAUAUCCGGGAGACGAAACUGGACGUUCACCGAGUCCCGAGGAAUUAUGACCCAACACUCCACCCGUUUGAGGUGUGCAGAGAAUACACACGAGCUUUAAAUGCUACAAAGCUAGAGAGGGUCUUUGCUAAGCCUUUUAUUGCCUCUUUGGAUGGCCACAGAGAUGGUGUGAACUGUUUGGCCAAACACACCAAGAGCCUCUCCACCCUGCUCUCUGGCUCAUGUGAUGGCGAGGUCAAAGUGUGGAAUCUAACCAAGCGGGAAUGUGUCCGCACACUCCAAGCACAUGAAGGUUUUGUCCGGGGAUUGGUCGUCCGGUUCUGUGGCACUUCCUUUUUCUCGGUUGGAGAUGACAAAACAGUGAAGCAGUGGAAGAUGGAGGCACCAGGGUAUGGAGAACAGGAAGAGCCUAUCAACACAAUUCUAGGCAAGACAGUCUUCACUGGACUUGACCAUCACCAGACAAAUGGUAUGUUUGCAACAUGUGGUCAGCAAGUGGACAUUUGGGAUGAGCAGCGGAGCAGCCCCAUCCGUUCCUUCACGUGGGGUGUAGAUAGCUUCAGCUCAGUGCGCUUCAACCCAGUAGAGACUGAACUUCUUGCCAGCUGCGCUUCAGACAGAAGUAUCGUGCUGUAUGACAUGAGGGAGUCUGCGCCGCUGAAGAAGGUCAUUAUGACAAUGAGAAGCAACACGUUAUGCUGGAACCCCAUGGAGGCGUAUUACUUCACAUCCUCGAAUGAAGACUACAAUCUUUACACGUAUGACAUGAGAUACCUCAAGGAGCCCGUGACUAUGCACAUGGAUCACGUGUCUGCAGUGCUGGAUGUCGACUAUUCUCCCACUGGCCGGGAGUUUGUGACUGCUAGUUUUGACAAAACCAUCCGUAUUUUCACAAAAGAUCAAACUCACAGCAGGGAGGUGUACCACACCAAACGCAUGCAGCACGUCAUCUGUGUCAAGUGGUCGGCGGACAACAAGUACAUCCUGAGCGGUUCUGAUGAGAUGAAUAUACGCAUUUGGAAAGCAAAUGCAGCUGAGAAAUUGGGCGUGAUGUUGCACAGAGAGAGAGCUUCAGCCAAUUACAACCAGAGGCUGAAGGAGAAGUUCCAGCACCACCCGAAGAUCAAACGCAUCGCCCAGCACCGGCAUCUCCCCAAGUCCGUCUACCAGGAGGCCAAGCAGCAGAAGAUCAUGAGACAGGCCAGCUCCAGAAAGGAGAGGAACGUUCGAAAGCACAGCAAGCCAGGAAGUGUUCCGGUGCGGUCGGAAAAGCAGAAGCAUGUUGUGGCCGAGGUCAAAUAAAAACCCCAGAGCUUGGAUGCUGUGCUUUGUGGACCAUUCUUGGAAGACUUUGGAUAAAGUGUUUGAUCAAGAACUGUUUAAAGAGCGUCUUUUCUUUUACACUGCACCAUCUUCUAAAAACAAUAUAUGGUUCUUUUUUUUCAAAGCCUUUUAAGAGGCUUGUAUCUUGUCACCUUCCCAUGUUAGAAACUAAUAAAGUUUAAAGCUCCUGUCUCACUCUCUCA